AUGCAGCCUGCCACACCGCGUUCGCCGCACAUGCGGCUACGGCGCUGGGACUUCGCUGGCGAUGGCCCGGAACUGCCUCAGCUGUCCAGCCGGCGAAGGAAGCCGCGGGGCGCAAAGGCCAUGCGAGAUCUCCAGCCGCUGGCGGAACCCAGCAGUCGGUCCCUGACGGAAAGGACCCUGGAUGCAGCUCAAGACUGGAGCGUUCACAGCACACCCCGAGGCCUGGAAGCUACCUGUGGCCUGCAACUCAGCGACGAGUCGAGGGCCCGCUUCUUCGGGCAUCGGACUGGCCUGGACGUAGAGGCGGAGCUGCAGCGUCAGGCUGUGCUUCUGAAGGGCCUCCUCCGUGAUGUGGCCAUCAUGCGGGACACCGUGUGGCACCUUUCCGAUGAGCUGGCUGGUGUGUCUGCGCCCCAAAACGAUUUCGAGCAGCUGUCCGCAGAAGUCAGGGAACUGCAGCGCGCUUUUGGGAGCUUCAGCAGGGAGGAGGAGGCUGAGCGAGGGAAGCUGACCUCCUACCAGGAGAGUCGGAGCCUGGAGGAGACUCGCUUUGAGGAGGCGCAGAGCUUCCGAGAGCUGGAGACACGCUUCGAGGAGCACAGCCGCAUGCUGGAGAGCAGGUUCGAAGAGCUGAAUCCCAGCUUUCGACAUCUGGAGACGCGCUUCGAGGAGCACAAGAGCAUGCUGGACACCCGCUUCUCGGAGAUGCAAAGCCUUAGCAGACUGGAAGCCAGGCUGGAGGAGCAUGGGCAGAUGCUGGAGACGCGCUUCGCAGAUCACACGAGCAUGCUGGAUGCCCGCCUGGAGGAUCUCAAGCUACACAAGGAGGAUGUACAGGGACUGCACCAGAGAAUGGCUGACCUGGAGCUUUUCCUGCGGAGUGAGGUCUCCAGGCAAUCCCUCCUGCAGCUCUCUGCGAGCGUCGCCGAGGAGGUCGUGGAGCAGGCAUCUGCCAGAGCCACCCCGCUGUUGCGGCUCAGGGCCCAGGACCAGUCAAGACCCAGCACAUCGCCUGCGCGUCCCGGAGGCGCAGCUGGAGUUGAGCUCCAGUGGCUGCUCUCUGAUCUGCUUCCCCAGACCCAUGCGGAGCGGGUUGCGGAGGUCGCGGCCGAAAUGGCGCGGGAGGUGGUGCACGCGGUCCUUACGAAUCUGGAGUUUCAGGUGAGAGAGACGCCUUCACCACAGCCCUAA